AUGUCGGCGCAAGACAGCUCCAAGAAGGACGGCUCGGCUGACUGGUCCAACAAGGACGGCCACUUCCGUCGUCAGGAAUCGAGCUUCCGCACCACCAUCGAAAAGGGCGGCAAGCACCAACCUGAGAUCGGUCGAUACCAUCUCGUUGUCGCCCUCGCCUGUCCCUGGGCACACCGUGCGCUCAUCGUCCGCAAGCUCAAGGGCAUCGACCGUGUGCCCGACCUGCUCCCUGUGCACGUCGUAGACUCGCUCCUUGGUUCCGAGGGCUGGAGCUUCGUCCCCUACGAGGAGCCUAAGGGCUACGGCGUUCCCGGUACGGGCAUCCACAUCCCUGGCCACGAGAAUAAGAAACGCAUCCGCGAACUCUACCUCGCCGCGGACCCCAACUACUCGCAACGUUGCACCGUCCCCAUCAUCUGGGAUAACAAGCUGCAGACCAUCGUGAACAACGAAUCGAGCGAAGUCAUUCGCAACCUCAACUACGCCUUUGAUGAAUUCGUCCCCGAAGAGUUCCGCGGUCUCACCUUCUACCCCAAAGCGCACGCAAAGGAGAUUGACGCUUUCCAUGAAUGGGUGUACCCGACCAUCAACAACGGCGUGUACAAGUGCGGCUUCGCUACUUCGCAGGAGGCGUACGAGUCCAACGUCGGCCCGCUGUUCGACAGCCUCGACCGCGUCGAGAAGAUGCUUUCCGACGGCAGGACGUAUCUGUACGCCAACGCGCUGACGGAGGCCGACAUUCGCCUGUAUACCACCAUUGUCCGCUUCGACCCGGUCUACUUUACUCACUUCAAGUGCAACUACCGAACCAUCCGUGAUGGCUACCCGCUGAUCAACAAGUGGAUGCAAAACCUCUACUGGAACAACCCGGCUUUCAAGGACACGACCGACUUUGACAGCAUCAAGGCUCACUACUUCCAGAGCCAUACCAACAUCAACCCGCACCGCAUCGUGCCUGAAGGUCCUGUGCCGCACAUUCUCCCUCUGGACAAGUGA